AGCAUCCAAAACAAGCACCUGCAGGGAGAUUUUUCUCUUUCCUGGAAGCAGCAGCCACAGCAGCCUCUGCACCCUGCUGGAGCCCGGGCUCCGAUCCCCGGCCGUGAGCAAUGAAUGCUUCGUGCUGCCUGCUCUCUGCUCCACCGGCGCUGCCUAACAGCUCAGAGCACCUCCCCGCCCCUUCCUUCAGCAACCAGAGCAGCAGCGGCUUCUGCGAGCAGGUCGUCAUCCAGCCCGAGGUCUUCCUGGCUCUGGGCAUCCUCAGCCUGCUGGAGAACGUGCUGGUCAUCCUGGCCGUGGCCAGGAACGGCAACCUGCACUCGCCCAUGUACCUCUUCCUCUGCAGCCUGGCCGUGGCCGACCUGCUGGUGAGCGUGUCCAACGCCCUGGAGACCAUCAUGAUCGCCGUGGUCAACAGCGACGCCCUGACCUUCGAGGACCAGUUCGUCCAGCACAUGGACAACGUCUUCGACUCCAUGAUCUGCAUCUCGCUGGUGGCCUCCAUCUGCAACCUCUUGGCCAUCGCCGUGGACAGGUACGUCACCAUCUUCUACGCGCUGCGCUACCACAGCAUCAUGACCGUGCGGAAGGCGGGGGCCCUGAUCGCGGCCAUCUGGGUGUGCUGCGGCGUCUGCGGCGUGGUCUUCAUCGUCUACUCCGAGAGCAAGAUGGUCAUCGUGUGCCUUGUCGUCAUCUUCUUCGCCAUGCUGCUCCUCAUGGGCACCCUCUACGUGCACAUGUUUCUCUUCGCCCGGCUGCACGUCCAGCGCAUCGCCGCGCUGCCGCCCGCCGACGGGGGGCCCCCCCCGCAGCGCUCGUGCCUGAAGGGGGCCGUGACCAUCUCCCUCCUGCUGGGGGUCUUCAUCUUCUGCUGGGCCCCCUUCUUUCUCCACCUGGUUCUCAUCAUCACCUGCCCCACCCACCCCUACUGCAUCUGCUACACCGCCCACUUCAACACCUACCUGGUCCUCAUCAUGUGCAACUCGGUCAUCGACCCCCUGAUCUACGCCUUCCGGAGCCUGGAACUGCGCAACACCUUCAAGGAGAUCCUGUGCAGCUGCAACGCCUGAACCUGGGGUAG